AUGGAACCAAAUCGGAUCUGGCACCACCCAGAGGUUGUAAUACACAGCAACUGGACAGCUCCGCGCGAACGAAGUAUUGCCAAGGGAUAUGACGUAGCCAACCGCCGAUGGUACGCUCUUAAAGUUGAAGCAGAAAUCAAAGACCGUGCAUGGCUGGCAUCAACUCUCACGACGUAUAUUACAAAGCACUACAGUGAAUAUGGAGAACCGCCGCCUUGGAAUACAAUCCACUUAAAUGCGCAGCGCAAUCUCGUCAGUUUUCAACGCAGACCAUAUGAAGAAAUCAGCUGGUCACUCCAAAACUCCUUUCAGUAUGUCUACCAGCGAGAUCACAAAAUGCGAACGAUGCCCUUCAGCGAUCUCAGAGAUUUGACGUACAUCAAUCGAUCAACAGACCGAUGCACCUGGGACAACCGAGACUGCGUCUUCAAGCGAAUUGAUUUCGAUUUUGAUGUCGAGGGAGUUCAGAAUGAAAUCCAGAUACAUGAGACUCUCUCCCGCUAUAUAACUAAGCACUUCUUUCCGACGUAUCACUAUUUUAGGAUAAUAGCCAGUGAACAAAUCGAGGAUUACAUGGGCAGGCACUUCUGCCUCGUUCCCAUCCUCGCCGUUGUCACCGCUACCGAACAGCCCUGGAAAGAUGGGUGUGUUGCAGGCAUUUUAAUGCCGUAUGUUGGCGAGGACUUGGAGACCUUGGUCCAGAAGGACAAAGCCGGCCUUCCGCUCAGCAUUGGCCAUCUUCUCGCCUUCGUUCGCGCUGUUCAAGAGCUUGCAAAAUCUGGUGUGCAACACGGCGAAAUUACCUAUUGGCACACAUUGUUUCAGCCGCCAGGACAGUGUUGUCGCCCAGGUAGGCUGAUGCUCACCAACAAUGGCUCUUUAGCCCCAGAGCACUACGAUGAUUCAAGGGCCCUGGGAGAGUUGUUGCUUUGGUGUCUCCAGAAUGCGCCGGGAUUAAGGAAGAACAGAGGGACCAAGGCAUUAGUGGUCGCAGCAGCAAGUGCCCUCUUCAACGGAAACUUUGAAGACGCAAUUAAAUGCUUGUCGCUGAAGAAUGAAAUGGUGUGGUAA